UAUAUAUUCAGAAAUUAUGUCACUUCAUCCCAGAGAAUGCACACUGGUCAAAGAAGAGGGUGAAAGCUAUGGAUUCUGCCUGCGCAUUGAGAGAUUCAAAACAGGGCAUCUUAUCCGAAAUGUAGAAAAGGACAGUCCAGCCGAGAAGGCAGGACUAAAAGAUGGAGAUAGAAUUCUGAAGAUUAAUGGAGUGUAUAUAGAUAAGGAAGAUCAUGGAAAGGUGGCUGAUUUAAUUAGAAAAGGUGUAACUUCUGUAUUAUUCCUUGUUUUGGAUGACCAUUCUUAUGAAAGUGCAUUAAAAGAAGGAAUCAGUCUCGAAGAGUUGGCUGAAAAGUCACCAAACCAAGAACAGACAGAGGAACCCCAACUUGUGCAAUCUGGAGAAAUGGGUUCACUUCCACAGCCCCGUUUCUGUUAUCUGACUAAGGAAAAAAAUAGCUAUGGUUUCUCCUUGAAGUCUUCUGCAGGACAGAAAGGUUUAUUCAUUGUAGAUUUGACCCCACUGGGUGCAGCUAUAAAAGCUGGAGUGCAGCCAAAUGAUCGCCUUAUAGAAAUCAACGGGGAGAAUGUGGAAAACAGUACACAUGAAGAAGUAGUUGAGAAGGUAAAAAAGUCUGGAAAUCAGGUUAUGUUUCUACUGUCAGAUGAAGAAACCGACCAGUAUUACUACAGGCAGAAUAUGCAAAUGAUAAGGGAAAAGGCCAAUCUGAAAUUAUUACCUCACAAGCCCCGAAAUCUUGAGCUCAAAAAAGGGAAUAAUGGUUAUGGAUUUUACCUAAGAAUGGAGCAAAAUGGCAAAGGUCAUUUGAUUAAGGACAUUGAUUCAGACAGCCCUGCAGCUAAAGCAGGUCUCAGGGACAAUGAUAUCUUGGUAGCUGUAAAUGGAGAGCCAAUUGAAGCACUAGACCAUGAAGCUGUGGUAGAGAAAAUCAGACAAUCUGGUGAAAGCACAAUCUUAUUAGUGGUGGAUGAAGAGACUGAUACCAUGUAUAAAAUGGCUAAAAUAUCUCCUUGUCUCUGCUACCAUACAAGACUGGAACCACAUCUUAGUAUUGCAAAGAAAGCCAUGCAGGAAGAAAAUCACAAGCCCAGACUCUGUAAACUCAUAAAAAGUCCCACCGGAUUUGGCUUUCGAUUGAAUGCCAUUAACAAUAUACCUGGAGUGUUCAUCAAAGAGGUAAAGAAGGAUGGGCCUGCCAGUAUAGCAGGACUGCAAGAUGAUGACAUUGUGAUAGAAGUGAAUGGUACCAAUGUACAGAAUGAAGAGUACGAAGAUGUAGUAGCAAGAAUCCAAGACAGUGGUAACACUCUGAUACUCCUGGUGUGUGAAGCAAAGGCUUAUCAGCACUACUACUCCCAAAAUAAGGCUGUUACAGCCUCAAAAAGGCUGUUACAGCCUGACCCAUUGAAUGGCGACCAUGAUGAGCCUCCUGCUUAUGCAGAGAUACAAGCAACAGAGCCAAAAAACACACUGGCAGAACCACGAGAAAGGGCCAGCUCAUCCUCCUCUGAAGAAGAUACUGCAUUGUGAAGACAGCAGAACCCCAAGUCUUUUUCCAUAUUGUACUGAAAGGGGCUGCUAUUCUUAAGCAAAUGUGCCAAUACUGCCCCCCCAAAAAUCUUGACUGUAAUCCUAUAAUUAUUACUUAAAACCAAGGUACACCGAGAAUUACUUCCAAAUGAAUGUACUGAAAAUUAAUAUAGCUAAGCUCAAGGAUACAGUCCACUAUAUCACACUGGAUGCAAAAACAUCACAGGAUUAAUUUAAGCCAAAGAUGGUAUUAUUGUACAGUACUAAGACAGUACAUGAUAGUGAGUUCUUGUCCUUCAUUCCUCAGUGUUUAAAAUGGGAGCAGAGGUGUGAUUUGGAUAUACAAACAGAUGGUCUGAACCAAGUUUUAUUUCCAUGUUAAUUUGAACAUGAUUAAAAUCUCUGCAACUGGAUCUUCAAUAGAUCACUAGAGAUGUGCUAUGUUCCUUCCUGCUUCAAACGCUCUACUAUCAUCUCAGUGCCAAAGAAGCCCUCCAUCAAGGAACUGAAUGACUACAGAACAGUUGCUCUAACAUCCGUAGUUAGGAAAAUCUUUGAAAGGCUAGUGCUGUCCCACCUGAAAACCAUCACGGGUCUGUUAGAUCCCAUGCAGUUUGCAUACCAAGCAAAUAGAUUGACACAUGAUGCUGUUAAUAUGGCUCU